ACAGGCAGUCCUCCGUUUAAUUAAAAAUGCACAUUCCUCACUGAGGCUGUGAUGAACGUGAUCGGAAAAGAGGGAGUGGACAUAAUGGGUAUUGGACCCAGCAGCCUAGACACCUCUAUUUUGCAAUUGACCGAUAAGCGUGCUGCGAUGUCAAAAUCAGUUUCCUUUAAUCAGAAAAGAAGAUAUACACCAUCGAUGGCUGAGAAUGGCUCUAGAAGCUCAACUAUUUUUCCUCCAGACAAACCAUCACCUUCAUGUUGCAGUCAUUGCAGUCUAUAUGAACUUAAUGCCUUGAAGAAGAGGAAGCUGGAGCUUCAAAUACAAUUGUUUGAGGCCCAGUUGGCGCGAUUUGAUGAGGAAUAGAUUAUUUUGUUAUUUGUUAUUAUUUUGUUAUGAAGAUAAAGUUUAGUUAUAUUAAAGAGUUACAUGAAAUUCA